CCGCGGUUGUAGACAUUCUGUUACCAUGUUUGGACGCUGUUUUUUCUGAGUACAUCUACCAUUGAUUUUUUUUUUUUCGUAAUCUGGUAAAUUCAUUGUAAUUGUUUUUAUGACUUAUACACUUAUAUUUAUUUUAUUCUGACAACGAAAAUUCAAACACCAUUAACUUUGCGAAUAUUCAUUGGUUUACUGUUUAAACCUUUAUGCUAUAGACAUGGCUGCAGUUGAAUCACUUGUUAAAGUUGAAGAGAAACCUGUGAACCGAGAAAAGGUAAACAAAUAUUCUCCAAUACAGUUUGAACAAAAAUCAUUAAUAUUUUAAAUGUUUCAAUACAUUUCAGACAUGUCCAUUACUUUUAAGGGUAUUUUGUGCGAUGGGACAUCAUAAUAGUUUAAAUGAAUAUUUUCGUGGCACUGUUCCCGGGAAUGAACUUCAAAUAUAUACAUGGUAGGUACAUAGUAGGUUAUUAUAUAGACAAUGGCAAAAAAAACUUCAAUUUUACAUUAAUGAGGCAAAAGUUAAAUUUCAGAUCCAACAUCCAAAAUUAAUUGCACUGACUAAUCCCUAAUUAAAAUUGUUUCGUUUCUAUUUGUAUAGGAUCCACUUUUAGGUUUUUUCUCCAUCCUUUUCUGUUUAUCGUAUUAAAAUAAAUAAAUAAAUCAAUGAAAAUAUAAAUUAAUUAGUUUUAGUAAUUAAAUUGAAGUACAUUUUUUUUUUUGUUAUAGUCACAGUAAUCGGUUUAAACAAUUUUAGAUGGUAGAUCUGAAAUUUAUCUUUGUUUCACUAAUGUAAAAUUAAAGUUUAUAUUGCCACUGUCUAAAUAUUAAACUGAACAUGUUUAGUUCAAUUAUGUUUAUAGCAAUAAGUAUGGAUGAACUUAUUUUUUUAAAGUAACUUGAAUCAUUGACAAAUUAUCUACAAAAAUCUCUGCUGUGCUGCAAUUUUUUAUUUCAUGCAAAAAGUUUAUUAUUUUUGUCCUCAUUAGGAUGGAUGCAACAUUACGUGAAUUGACUGGACUGAUCAAGGAAGUUAAUAUUGAGUCAAGAGUUCGUGGAACAACAUUUGAUUUUGUUUUAGUGACACCCGAGUAUAAUUCUCCAAGAUUUAAUGGUUUUGAAAUUGGAACUACUGUUGCUGGAAAUAGAUCAACAGACGAUACAAAAACAUUAGGAAAUACAAGGUAAUUUUAGUUAAGUUAUACCAAUACAAUUAAUGAUUUGUGUUAUUUAAUUUCUUUAGUAGGGAUAUGUAUAAAACAAAAUUCUGAACAAAUCUACUUGAGCACACCUCUCGAAAUUUUGAAUUUUUUUUAGGAAACAUAUUUUAAUAUUUUAAAAAUUAAAGUUUAAUUAUGUUUUUUUCACGGAAAUCAUUAGUUUUAAAUUUAUUGCUUUUUGAAAAACAAUGUUUUGCGUAUGUGUAUAACUUUAUUUUAACGCGCUUUAAUGAAGUUUUCAAUUUUUGUUUUUGAAACUUAGGCAAAUCAAAGUUUUUAAAAUGAUUGUGUAAAAAUAAAAGUCUAGUUUAGCAUUCCCUCAAAAUUUCGGAUUUUUUUUUUGGAAUGCAGAAAAAUAUAUUAUGCUAAUAAUUGUAUUUUCAAAAUUGUAUAACAAUGUCUGGCAAGUAACAGGGAAAAGUAAUAAAAGCAUUAUCAAUUUGUGUUAUGCACAUGAAUAAAACACCGAAAAUUGUGAACUUCAAGUUUUCACCUUUUUAUAUAAUUGAAUUUAUUGUAUUUAUUUUACCUAUACAUAAAAGAGCUCUUUACACAGUUUCGGAAUACCAAAAAAAAAUGUCAUAAAAAAAUAUAUAACUUAACAUUUACAAUUUGUUUUUAUUCAAAUGAUUAUAAUUUUAUUAUUGAGUGUUAUAUUUAAGGUUAGUAUUAUGAUUAGUCAACAAUUUUUUUUUAGUCAAUUGACUAAGUGCUAACCUUAGUUAAAUGUUAUUUCUUAUAUUAUAUCAUUAAUUAUUAAAUAUUAUUUUAAUAUUUAUUUUACAGGUUUACAAUUGGCGAUUACUUAGAUGUUUGCAUUACUCCACCAGAUCGUUUUAUUAGAAGACCUAUGCGCUACCGUAAUUAAUUUUGUUUUAUUGUAACUCACUAUUAAUAAUAAAUACAAUGGACACUGGAAGUUUUUGAUAUAUUUAUUGUUUACACUAAUAACACAAGUGUAAAAUAUUUUUGAAUAUUAUAAAAGCCGAAGUGCUAAACAAGGGUUUUUAUUUUUUAUUAACCUCCAGCAAGGUCUGCAAAUUCACUUAGUGUUGAUGGGCGUUCAACAACAUUUACACCUUUCAUGCUUUUUAUGUAAAUUUAGUGCUAGUACAUAUAAUAAAUGCUCGCCGGAACACAUUCAAGCUAUACCGAACUAACCAAACUAACAUCUUGAUUAAUUAUUAGAGAAUACCUAGAAGUGCUGACAACUGCACAAAUUUAUUUUUAGUUUUAUCUUAAGUGCUGUGUAAAUACUGCCCACACGUCCACCUGAAGGUUAAGCAAUUUAUUUUUAAAUAAUUUUUUAGUAAAAUUAUUAGUUAACUUUAAGCUUAAAUUGUAUGGAUUCAUCUGAAGAAACCUCAUUGAAUUAGUUAUUAUGAAAUAAUCAAUGUUUGUAUUGAUAAUAAUAUAGUUAUCAUUAGUAUGACUUAAAAUAUAAGAAUGGAAAUAAAACAGACGAACAAACUUUGCACAGCGGGUGAGCCCCUAUUGAAAGUGAGAAGUUGGGAAGGUAGGAUGUAAAAGAGAACUCAAAGAUUGAUCAUUGCUAAUGAAAAAUGAUUCAGAGCAAAGUUAAAGUUCGAUUAUACAUUUCUGAAAAUCCUUUAUAUUUAUGAUUUUUGUCAUAAUUCAAUAUUAAAAUAAUUUAAAAAAAAAAUACUACAUUAAACUUUUUCUUGUUGACCACAAAAUAUAACUUAUAAUUAACCUCCAAUUGAGUUUACAGAUGAUUUUUUUUUUUCUGUAGACAACUUUUCUACGAGUAAUUUUUCCUGAUUUACAAUGAUAACACUUUUUAAAAAAAAAUCUGACUGGGGAGGUACUUUAAGGAAGUCAUUUUUUAAUUUCCCCAAGAGUUUUUCAAUAAAUGGGGAAAAAACGUGAAAAUAAGUACAAUAUUAAAGAAAUGAUAUAUUAUAUAUUGUUGACAAAACAAUACUAUCAGCUGAACUCCACUCAGAAUUGGUGUUUUUUUUCGAUAUGAUUUAUCGUUUCUUAUAGAUAUACAUUAAAUUUCCCCUCUACUAGCUUCCCAACUUCUCACCAAAACAGUACCUACACUCAUACCCAUUACCCUAGGACAGAUUUUGUUUGUAUAAUUUUAUCCACAAAAUGCCUAUUAAAUAAAAAUGUCUUAAAAUCCUCAUAAAAUUAAAAUAUUUAUAAAUAGUUUAAAAGUUUUGAAAAUAUUACCACAUCUAGAAAAGGCAAAUAUUUUUCGAGUUUUCUGUCCAAAUUUCAAGUUUACAAACAUUUCUAAUUGAAUCGUCUACAAUAAAAAAAAAAAUUUGAAAAUAAUAAUGACUUCCCUAAAGAACAAAGUAAAUAAAAUUUUCUUUUAAAAAACAAGAUUUCUGGUAGAAAAUUUGUUCACAGUAUAAAAUAAAAUAAAUAUUGCAAGACCAAUACAUCUUGCUACACUUAAAUCUAAAAUAAGUGUUAUACAACAAUAUAAUUAGAUAAUUAAGUCAACUUAUAUAUUUUAAUUUGAAACUGAAUAUCUAUAUUUUUUUUUUUUUAUAGAAUUUGAAGUGCUCAAAAGAAAAAAGAAUAAGUUCCAAAAUGCAAAUGUUAACCGGGAAAAUUAGUGUAACAUCAUGAAUGGAAAUUUAUGUAUUUUAUAUUUUUUUGGAUCAGUUUAUUGUAUCUAUUAUAAUAUAAUGUAUCAAGUUUCAAUGGUAAUGGAUACAAGUGUAAUAUUUUCUCUUUAAAUAACAUAAAACAUUAAUAAAUAACAGUUAAUAAUUCAUUUUUGGUAUAUUUAUUUAUUAGUUUACAUCAAAAUAAUGAUGUAAAUUGACAUGUACAUAUUAAAUACAAUAUAAUAUUGAUACAUACUUUUAUAUACGUAUGAAGAGACAGAAAGAAAUGUAUAUUACUGUAGUGAAUUAAUGUAAAAUGUGUCACUGAUUUAUGUCUGUUCUUAAAUAGCAACUUUAUAUGCAAUGUUUAAAAAUCAGUAAUUUCACAAUUUAAUUUAUUGAAUUGAAUCAAUAAAGUAAAUAAAAACCAAAAAUAUUUUUGAGGUUAAUACUCAGAAAAUAAAUUAUAUGUUUAAAACAUUUCUCCUCUAUUUUUUCUUAUGUAUUUUUUAAUUUUAUAUAAUAAAAUAAGUUUAAUAAGUUAAUAAUUCAAAUUUUAUAUUUGCAUAUUCGCAUUUUUAGUAUUAACUUUUAAAUAUUGUAAACAAUUCAUAAAAAGUUAUUUGGUUUAUAAAAUUUAAGUUUAGCAUUUUAAAUUUAAUAGCAAUGUCUUUUUGUAUUAGAUAAUUAUUAUAUUUUAUAUACAAAUACAAUUUUUUAAAAAAAAUAUUCUACAGUAAAAUAUUUACGUAAAUACUCAUUUAUACUUCAGACUUUAAGUAUUACAAUGAGUAAUAUACAAUGGAUGGAGCUAUGUUGUACACUGUUGUGUUCUAAAUAAAAUUCCACUUACUGUUAAUUUUUGCGUGACAUAAUAAAGUGGUAAGUUAAUCAAAAUAUCUUUAUCAAUAACAAUGAGUAUGCACAAUAAAUAUGUUCAUGACAGUAGACGGGGAAGAGAUUUGUAUUGAGUACAGCCAAGUAUACAGAAUAAGGUGGACCAAAGAUUUUAUUUGUAAAGAUGUAACAAUACAAUUAAAUCUUAAUUCAUGAAAAAAAAAUUGUUCAGUGUAUGAGUAGCGAUAAUUUUUUUGUGUAUUUAUAUAAUUUUUUUUACAGUCUAAAUAAUCACUGAAUAAAAAUGGUGUGAAUGUAAAUCAUGAGAAUGCGUGCAAUAAUGAACAAAUAAGGUCUUAUAGAUGAUAGUAAAAUCAAUAUUGACAAAGUUAUUACCCAAAAAACAUAAAAAUUUAUAAAAUGUUGAUAAAUUAUUAAACUGAAAUUAAUGAAAUAAUUUUUUUUAAAACAAUCUUGCAGUUUUGUAGCUAAUAAAAUUUAAUUUUAUAUCAUUUUUUGUUCAGUGAUAAUUUAAACCUUAAAAAAGCAAUAAAAAUCACUGCUCCCAAUUACACAUGUACAAAUAAAAUACGAAUAUAUGUUUGAGAAUAAAAAAUGUGUAUGGUUCACCCUAGUACAAAGUCUAAACACACAAGACUCCAUUUACUGUAAAACACGACCUAAGGUAUCAUUAUUAAUUUAUCAUAAGAGAAAUUUUAAUUUGUUAUUAAUCAAUGUCAUAAUAAAAUUAAUAAUAAUAAAAAAAACGAAAUUCAAAAAAAUGUAAUAAUAGAAACAUCAAUUUCAUUUAACUAUCAUAUUCAUAUUUAAUUAUUUUAUUAAAAAAAUGUUAAGUAUUAAAUUCAAAACAAAUUGAUAUUAAGUUAUUAUUAAAAUCACCAAAUAAUAGAUGGGAAAUGUUAAGUUCCGAAAAAAAUUUACAAUUUUACAGGAUACUUAAACAAUAAGUUUUAUUUCUUACUACACUUUCUCAAUAAACCUAUUAUGACCCAAGAUAAAGUCUAUGAUAAUCAUUAGCUCCAAAUGUUGCAUUACACUUGGGACAUUUCCUUUGUCUUGUCUCGUAACGAGUACGUAAACAGUCCCAACAAAAAACAUGAAAACAUUUAGUUAGCACUGCGUCUUUUCGUUUUACUUUGCAUGAUGGGCAUGUCAAGGUUUCUUUAUAUUCCCUAAUCUCUUCCAUCAUGACUUCAUCUAAUGUUCCAGCUUGCUCAAUUUUUUUCAUACGUUCGGUUUUCCUCCUAAGCUGUACUAUUUCUUCCUAAAAUAUUUAUAUUUGAUUAAAAAAUUUAAAUAUUGUAUUCAUAAAUGUUAUUAUUUCCUUGCACAUUAU